AUGUACAGGCCUACCCGAUAUAGGCCGUCACCCGAUGCCAGGGACGAUCAUAUCCAGGUUCUCGUCCUGGGAGACAUAGGAAGGAGCCCGCGCAUGCAAUACCACGCCAUCAGCGUCACCAAACAUGGGGGCAGAGUCGAUCUCGUCGGCUACCACGAGAGUCCAUUGCACCCUCGCCUAGACGGUCACCCGACGGUCAACGUCUUCCCGCUGCCUCCGCUGCCGGCUCUUCUCCAGUCCAAGUCUCUGCCGUUCUUCGUCUUGGCUCCCCUCAAGGUGCUCUGGCAGAUGCUGUCCAUAUUUUACGUGCUGGCAUACACCACGCCGCCAGCCCGUUGGAUUAUCAUUCAGAACCCCCCCUCCAUCCCAACCCUCCAUCUAGCUCUCCUCAUCUCCAUCCUCCGCGGCAGCCAUCUCCUCAUCGACUGGCACAACUACGGCUGGUCCAUCCUCGCCACCACGCGCGGCCGCGCCGACCGCUUCGUCCACGCCUACCUCGAGUACGAGUCCUUCUUCGGCCGCAUCACCCCGACCGCCAACCUCACCGUCACCGACGCCAUGGCCCGCCAGCUGCGCCGCCCGCCCUACAACUUCACCAGGCCCAUCCUCACCCUGCACGACCGUCCCGCCGACACCUUCCAGCCCAUCAGGGACCCGGCCCGUCGGGCCUCCGUCCUCGCCCGCAUCCCGGAGACCCGGGACGCCGCCGCGAGCAUCGUGCGCGGCGACGUGCGGCUCGUCGUCAGCAGCACCUCCUGGACGCCCGACGAGGAUUUCGGCCUCCUCUUUGACGCCCUUGUCUCGUACGCCGCCGCCAUGACCAUGUCGUCGGAGGAGGAGGAGGAGGGAGAAACCCAGAGGAGGACCACCACCACCCCGAACCCCCUCUUGGCCGUCAUCACGGGCAAGGGCCCCCAAAAGGCCAUGUACGAGGCGCGGAUCGCGCGCUGGACGGCCGAGGGCCGGCUGCCCGGCGUGCAGGUCCGCACGGCGUGGCUCGCGACCGAGGACUACGCGGCGCUCCUGGCGUGCGCCGACCUGGGCAUCUGCCUGCACCGGUCGAGCUCGGGCGUCGACCUGCCCAUGAAGGUGGUGGACAUGUUCGGCGCCGGCCUGCCGGUGGCGGCGUACGCCGAGUACGAGAGCUUUGGGGAGCUGGUGCGGGAAGGGGUGAAUGGGUGCGGGUUCGCGACGGCGGCGGAGCUGGCGGAGGUGCUCGCGCGGCUCCUGUGCGAGGAGGGGAGGGACGAGCUGGCGGGGUUGAGGGAGGGGGCUGUGGAGGAGGGGAGUCUACGGUGGGAUGCCGAGUGGGAUCGCGUGGUGGGGAGGGUUGUUGGGCUUGUUGAUCCGUGA